AUCAGAUACACAAACAUGAAUGACGAGGACUACAGCACCACUUACGACACAGUCCAGAAAGAGAUGGCGUAUGAGGUUCUAGACCAGCCGGCAGAAAAUGAAGGUGCCCUUUAUAAUAACAUCCAUGAAGACUUGAGGGCAGAAAACGAUUUAUAUGCCACUGAGCUGGGAACCAAUGAAUACGACUCUCUAUCAGUUUAUGCUGUUGGGAGAGAGGAGAACAGCUUGGCCUUUUCCCACCCAGAAGGAGGAAGCUACCUCCUGCCUGAUGAGGUAUGUCCCGAGUCCCAGGAUCCACAACAAGGUGAGCGCCUGGAGGACAGGGACAUCUCGACGGAAGAAACUCAGGACCGGGAGACUAGCCCAGAAGAGCCACAGGAGAAUGGAGGCGUGAUGGAGGAGAACCUGCCUUCUUUUUCAAGCUUCACCGUCCAGCAGAGCAGUGAAUAUUCCCCCACCUGCUAUUCUGCGGAUGAUGGUUUGGAAGAAGACAAAUCAACUUCCACGAAUCCUGAGAUCCACCUCUAUGUGAAGGCUGGAAUCGAUGGGGAAAGCAUUGGCAACUGUCCCUUCUCUCAGCGUCUGUUUAUGAUCCUCUGGCUGAAAGGAGUCGUGUUCAAUGUCACCACCGUGGAUCUGAAAAGGAAGCCAGCUGACCUGCACAACCUGGCCCCUGGCACCCACCCGCCCUUCCUGACCUUCAACGGGGAUGUGAAGACGGAUGUCAAUAAGAUCGAGGAGUUCCUGGAGGAGACUUUGACCCCUGAAAAGUACCCCAGGCUGGCUGCAAAACACCGGGAAUCCAACACAGCAGGCAUCGACAUCUUCUCCAAGUUCUCUGCCUACAUCAAAAACACGAAGCAGCAAAACAAUGCUGCCCUUGAGAGAGGCCUGACCAAGGCACUGAGGAAAUUGGAUGACUACCUGAACACCCCUCUGCCAGAGGAGAUCGAUGCCAGCACUUGCGGGGACGACGACAAGGGCUCCCGGCGCAAGUUCUUGGAUGGGGACGAGCUGACCCUGGCCGACUGCAAUCUGUUGCCCAAGCUUCAUGUGGUCAAAAUUGUGGCCAAGAAAUACCGCAACUAUGACUUCCCAGCUGAGAUGACAGGCCUGUGGCGGUACCUCAAGAAUGCCUACGCCCGGGAUGAGUUCACCAACACCUGUGCGGCUGACUCAGAGAUAGAGCUGGCCUAUGCCGAUGUCGCCAAGCGCCUCAACCGAUCCUGAGCACAGCCACCUGGCCCCAUCACUGCUGCAGAAGAGCUCAGCUUCUCCCAAAGGACUCCAGCUUCACAACUCCUCUUCCACAUUGCCUUGAGACACUCCUUACUGGUCAGGCCGCAACUUGCUGGCAUCAUUAGAACUUCCACCUGCUGUAUUUUGUGAAGGUCAGCGCCAACCCCAUCUGAUCACACAGGAAUCUGCAAGCAGAAAUGCUAGAAAUAGUCAAACUCUCAGCCUUUGGGCCUGGUCUGAGUUCAGUGUAUUUGGGGUCAGUGUUGGAGAACCCAUGUGUGGGAUCGUCACUGGCCCCUUCUGCCAAUAUCAAAAUAUCUCCUCAGAUGCAUUAGAAACAUGCAAUGCCAUGUCCUCCUCCGUCCUCCUCUUUGUCAGUAACUCCAAGGCCAAGGACAAAUGCCAUCUUAGUUCUUAUUAGAAAGAGUUCCCCUGCUCUUAGGGGAGACAGAGAGAGUGAAUGGAGAGGGGCUGAGCGGGCUGUGGAUUUUGGCAUCUGGCAGAUACACCUCGAGUCACUCACUACUUUCUGGCCCUCCUGUCACACCGGGCACUUUGGGCGCAGUCUCAGUUUACCACAGUGCUGUGAAUGUUGCAAUGUUAUCGUGCACCUGGCUGACACGGACCUUUGUUUUUAUGCUACCCAGGCCUUGUCAGGAAAGGAAAUUGGCAUGGUAUUCCAAACCGGGGGGACUGGGACAGGGAGGGGAGGGAGCAGUGUUGAUGCCAAAAGGCCCACAGGGGUCUACCAGCCACGGGGUUUGCUUGCUUAGGGGUAGUUGCUUUGUUGCAGGUUACAUGCCUGGGUUUGACUAUGUUUUUCUAUGAGUGAAUUUUGGUCCAUGAGAAAGCAGAUGCGCAUUGGAGGUGGAGGGAUGGGUGAAGAUGAAAAAGUCCUUUAUGCUGCUCAAGGAUCCCUGGGAAUUUUGAAGACAGGUCUUCAGUCUCAUGAUCUAACUAAGUCUUGAACUGGUGAUGUCAUGUAACUACCAACCUUAUAGCAAAAAACCCAGGAAUUGGCCAAAAAUGACUUUGCAGGCUCUUCAAGUUGUUUCUGGAUGCGGACCUGCUAUCUGGGUGCCCUCAGGCAGCCGCUCUGGAUUGAUUCCACCACAGCCUCUGAUGGGUGAGAGUCACAGUGAGGAGGGGGCAUGAUCAUGGAACCUUAGGAAGAAAGUCCUUGAGCCUUUCUGACUGGGAAACCAUGUGAUUGGAACUUGAAAAAAAAAUAUGUCCACCUGGGUUAAUGUUCUUCCCAUCUGACUCAACUACCAGGUGAAGAAAAGGAAACUUUAUUUUAGAUAAUAUUGCUCUCCUUAGAUGUCCUUCUUGAGUUUCACCUCCUUAGACUCUUACCCUCCUUGAGCAUGGGGACCAGUGCAAAGGAAACUAAGAGAAAUGAACUAAUCAUCAGCUCCCUCUCCCGGGGAGCUCCCUGUGAGGAAAUCCACCCGCCACAGACCCUCACCUUCAACAAUCCUCCCCUCUAUGUUGCCUGUCGGCGGAGAGUGAGGUUCCCAAAUGCCGGAAAGCCCCAGGACUUGGCUCAUUGCUCAGGGAGGGCAGGGCAGCAUGGGUCUUUUCCAUAGAAACAUCAACAAAUUCUAACCCAAGCAAUCCCUGGACCUACCUGCCUCCAGGGAUCUCUAAAGAAAAAAGUGGCCCAUUGAUCAGAGCAGAAAAGGGAGGAAGCAGGGGGCGUCCUUCAGCCCACUGAGGAAGAGGAAAUUUCUCAGUAGGACAUUUUAUAAGCCUGAGAGUUUUGAAAGGCAGAAUGAGUUGAUUCAUUUCCACCUCUAAAGGAUCCUUCCCACAACUCCCUGGAAAUUUGUCCCUGGAGGUAGUUAAAAUGGAGGACUGGUGAGGAAAUAGUCUUUUUUACCAUAAAGAAAAGCCCCAAACUGGCCUCCUGGGGGAUGAAAGCUUAGAUGAUCCCAAAGGCCUUUUAACUUGUGUGAAAUCCUUUUGUCCUGGGAAAUCCUUCCCUGACCUUCACAGCACAGGCACCAGGACCUGAAAGGCGGUCUGCUUCCCUGAGCCCCGCAGUGGCCCUGCUCUUGAAGCACAUCCAUGCAGCACAGCCAGGGCAACAGAGAAAACAGAAGGAUGCCAGGGGGGCCAGCUGCCCCGGAGGGGUUGGCAGACACUAGCAACCCCGAUUUGAUAUUCAGAAUUCCAAUAACUGGCCAGUCUUUAAAAGCAGUCUUUAAAAACAAACAGGCAAACCAAAUCAAUAUUGUUGUUUCUAGAUGCUCCUUCUGCGGUUGACUUAAUUUUAUGUAAAUAACAAUAUUAAUAGGCACUGGGGGGGGCACAUAUAUGAUUACUUAUAACUAUUUAAAAGAGGGAGAGGAGUUAGAGAUGGAAGGAUACUUAAUUCAGGAAUAUCUUUUUAUUUCGACAGUACAUUAUCAUAUAAUGCAACUAUUGACUUAGAGAUUUAAGGUCUUAUGGCCAGAUUUAUCAGAGUAUUUUUAAAUUAUAAUAACAUUACCUUCUAAUUAUUAUUAUUAUUAUUUUUUUUUUUGAAAAGAGGUUUUUCUUUAGAUUCAUCAGCCUCCUGGGCUUUGGCCACACCCAUUUCUUAUACACAGCAAAUCAUCUCCCAACAACAGUGUGGUAGGUUCUUAGGUGUUCCCAGAACCGACUCAGGGAGUACUGAAGGUUUGCAGCUAGACCCCACACUCCAGAGUUUUAAGACAGGAAGUGACCCUUGUCAUUGGUCUUGAGUGAAUACUAAUCCCUCAGAAAGCUUUUCAGUGGCCCAGAAAAGGGAUUAAUUUGGGUUGAAAUCCUGUUUUGUAUUUAACUUAUUUCUUUCCUGUGACUUUCAUGUCACUAUUUUUUUGUGGGGUAGCAUAGUGGAAGGCAGAGGCAGAAGCAGGAGCCAAACUCCGAAUGACUGUGUUGAAUUUGCCCGUCUACUCGGCGCUGUCUACCUCUCAGGCUGGCCCAGAGUGAAGCUAUUGGAUAAAAUUUUAAUAACUAUAAAAGAUGAGCUAAAUAAAUAAAAUCUUGAUUGAUCCAGAGCAUAGUUCCUUCUGUUGUUUGCCUUCAUCUCUUGACAAAGGAAGUCAAAUAAAUGUCUGGCAAUCCAGAGUCACAGGCACCCGUAUGAGGAUCUUGUUUAACCAAAGGGUACAGCUACCUGGCACCAAACUAAGGAAUUGGAAAGUGAAAAACACUCAGUUUCUUUGGCCACAGGAUUUCAUACCAGCUUCAGCUUCCCAGGUCCCGAGUGGUCACUUCUCUUGCUGGUGCGGCCAGUGAGGAUCCUGAAUUUUCGUUAGGAAACAAACAUGUUUUCUAGCAUUUGUCAAAUGAAGCAACAGAAGCUCUUCACCACACCUGUGUCCACUGGCCACUUUGCCAGCAGAAGAUGCAAAGCACCGUAGAAUUGUCACAAAAUGGAUCACUCCUGAAAUAGAGCCUAAAGUUCUAAGGAAUCAGCAAGAUCUGGAAAAAAUAAAAUUAAAAGGGCGGUAGAGUCAGGAAGGUGCAGGUGUUCUAGUAAGAGUUUUUCAUCAUGAGAAACCCGUGGGAGUCUGUGUCUAAAAUUAAGUUGGCCCAGAGGCAGCAGAUAUCCAGGUGGUACUGGUAUGUCUCAGCCCGAUUCCUACCGGCCUGGAGCAAUUUCAACAGCAGAGCAAGUCAAGAGGAUGGUGUCUCCCUCCUUGGAAAAGUGAAUCAUUAACUUAGAGUUAAAAUUAACUCUAAGAGUUAAGACCACCAUUCCCAAGGGAUCACUUCUUUAUUUUUGCAUAUGACAUUAAAAAGAACCUUAAGCAUUAGGGAAAGAAAUGUGCAUGUAAAGCGGCCUGGUUCUGAGAUCAGGAGAACCGAUGGGGUCACGUCACUGGCCUUGGGCCUUUCUUGCGCACAGGGACUACUGGCUUCUGUGCAUUGCUCUUCAGCAUUCAAACCCAGCCACGUGUGCCUGCCUCAUGCGUGCAUGUUUCUCCCCCUUUGUCAAUAUUAUUUUCCCAGCUUAGUUUCAGCAUACUUUCAGUUCAUAAUUAGGAAUGACUCAAGUGUGCAUAAGUUUAUUUAAUAUUACUUAGGGAAACAGAUCCAAUCCUUUCCUCCCUAACCAAACAUAAAAUAAAAGAUGGCCUCAUUAGAGGGUUUGGGCUAAUCUGAGUUUCUAUAAAAGCAAUCUGUUUUAUGGCAAAACAUAGUUUUAAGGAUCCAGUUAUCUAAGGUAUGUAUUGAUAGCUAGAGAUUUCACAUAUAUUUAAAACAUAAAAUAUCCAGCUGAUGUUUGAAUUUGUCUCACUUUCCUGAGCACCUGGUUGUCCCAUUUUAUAAGCUGGAGAGUUAAUUAAUUUAGCAAAAGAUGUUUAGCUUUUAUGACAGAACAAACAUUUCAUUUUAUAAAGACACUCCUAACAAUGGUUACUUGAUUUUCUCAAGACCUUUUAACUGUGGUGAUAAAAUAACAGGACUUGCUUUCCAGCCUUAAUGAAUGUAAAAUGCCUUUUAAUGAAGAUCUUGCUGAGUGUUUUCCUGAACCAGUUAUAAAUUUCUUCUCCAGUCUUGAUUGGUAUUGAUUGAUUCAAAUAAAGUUGGUUUAUUUUCAAAUAUUAC